GGCAGGGCAGGGAGGGCUGCAACCGCGGGUGGGAUGGGGCCUCGCUGCCGGCUUCGCUGAGACUCGCUUGCGUGGGCUCCCGCGGUGGGCCCGCAGUGGCCGCCGCGGCAUGAAGGGCGCUCUGGGGAGCCCCGUAGCCGCGGCCGCCGUAGGCGCUGCGAUGCAGGAGAGUUUCGGCUGCGUUGUGGCCAACCGCUUCCACCAGCUGCUGGACGACGAGUCGGACCCGUUCGACAUCCUGCGCGAGGCCGAGCGCCGGCGCCAGCAGCAACUGCAGCGCAAGAGGCGCGAUGAAGCGGCGGUUGGGGUCGGCAGUCGCGGCGGCAGAAGUCCGGCCGGGGCCUCGGGCCACAGACCCGGCGCGGGCAGUGGCCGGAGGGAGUCUCAGAAGGAACGCAAGGGACUCCCGGCCCCCGGCGCGCAGCAGCCGGACAGCCCUGCGGGCGUCCCACAGCCACCCGGUCAGAAGCGAACUCCUAGAAGAGGGGAGCAGCAAGGAUGGAAUGACAGCCGGGGGACAGAGGUGAUGCUGGAUAGAGCAGAGCGGAGAUCCUACAGGGAAUAUCAACUCUGUGAGACGGAGAGGCAGGCGGACUUUACACCUGAGAAGUUUACAGAUGAAAAACCAGUUGACAGGUUUGAUCGAGACAGACCACUGAGAGGACGUGGAGGCCCAAGAGGAGGUCUGCGGAACAGAGGCAGAGGUGGUCCUGGGAACAGAGCUUUUGACAGUUUUGACCAGAGAGGGAAACGGGAGUAUGAGAGAUAUGGUGGGAAUGAUAAAAUAGCAAUCAGAACUGAAGACAACAACAUGGGUGGAUAUGGAGUUCGCACGUGGGGAGCAGGUAAAGAAACCAGUGACGUGGAGCCAACUGUGCCGAUGGAGGAGACUUUGGUGGUGGAGGAGCCCCCAGGACCCCUGGAGGAGGGGUCUCCAGCCAAAGUUCCUGAAUUGGAAAUAGAAGAAGAAACUCAAGUUCAAGAGAUGACCCUAGAUGAAUGGAAAAAUCUUCAAGAACAGACCAGACCAAAGCCUGAAUUUAACAUCCGGAAACCUGAGUCCACUGUCCCUUCCAAAGCAGUGGUGAUACACAAGUCUAAAUAUAGAGAUGAUAUGGUGAAGGAUGACUAUGAGGACGAUGCCCACGUAUUCCGGAAAGCAGCCAAUGACAUCACGUCCCAGCUGGAGAUUAAUUUUGGUAACCUCCCUCGUCCCGGGCGCGGAGCCAGAGGUGGCACACGGGGAGGCCGGGGAAGGAUCAGACGGGCAGAGAACUAUGGACCCAGAGCAGAAGUGGUGACGCAAGACGUUGUUCCAAACCCGGAUGACCCUGAAGACUUUCCUGCUCUGGCUUGAGCCCUAUUUCCCUGGCAACUUAGAACAUCACUGGCAUCCCUAUGGAGAGACUUUCCUUGCUGUGGGGAAGAGUCAGACUCUAAGAACAAUACAUGUUGCUUUUCCCCGUGUA